AGAAAAGACCGAGGAAGAGCUACGAAGAUGAAAAAGACACGGUCCCCUUGUCUCCCGAUGCUGACAUUUUGGUGGGAAGAAGCAGAAAACAGUUAUUCGCAACUCUGACGCAAUUAAAGUCUACGGACCACGAACUCCUCUGCAAACAGUGGUUUCUACUGGGUCUAAGAAUCUCAUCUAGUCUUUCCUUCUCAUUUUACAGACGGUGACGACGGUCAGAGAGAGCCAAGGUCCUGCAUUCCUGCCAUCUCCUGGGCACCUGAUCCUCCCUCACAGUUCUCCAUCUCCACUGUUCUCUUGACAGCAUGGAUGGGGAGGAGGAUGAUUUGUCUCUGCUGACCGCACUGCUGGAGGAGAAUGAGUCGGCCUUGGACUGUAAUUCAGAAGAGAGUCAGCCCUUGACGCAGGAGGAUGGUGAACCGGAUGCAUUCGAUGAGCUCUUCGAUGCUGAUGGUGAUGGUGAAUCUUACACAGAGGAGGCUGAUGAGGGAGAAGUGGGAAAGGCUGAAGACCAAAAGGAGAAUUUGGAUGCUCUCUUUGGAGACGUGGAAGACUUAACGGAUGAGGAGGAAGCUCCUACAUCGCAGUCAACUAACAACAGGGUCCUCCCUGUUCCCGCCCCCAGUCAAGGGAAAACUAAUCAGGAAUUGCAAGAUGAAUUAAGGAAGUUGCAAGAGCAGAUGAAGUCCUUACAAGAACAGCUGAAACUAGCGACCAUUAAACAGCCUGCAAGUCCAGCCCGUCUGCAUAAAACCCCAGUAGAUAAGUCUCCACGUCCCCCUCUUAAGGAGAAGAAAGUUCAGAGAAUUCAGGAGUCGUCGUGCUUUUCUGCGGAGCUUGACGUCCCUACUCUACCAAAACCCAAGCGGGUGGCUCGGACACCAAAGGUUUCACCUGCAGAGCCCCAAAGCUCAUCCUUCAGGAUGACAAGUGCACCCUCCCAACCACUCCGAACAACUCCUGGGAACAAGCCUGGUGGGAUGACGAGGGAUCAGAGUGCAGGGACCCCCAGGAGCUCUGGGGAAACAACUCAGACAGUCUCCAUGGAAGCCUUCUCCGGCCUGAGGCUCAGGAAGCCUCGAGUAUCCUCCACAGAAAUGAACAAGAAAAUGACUGGCCGAAGACUGAUCAGACUAUCUCAGCUCAAGGAAAAGAUGGCAAGUGAGAAGCUGGAAGAAAUAGACUGGGUGACAUUUGGGGUUAUAUUGAAGAAGAUCACUCCACAGAGUUCUAACAGCGGGAAAACAUUUAGCAUCUGGCGACUGAAUGAUCUUCGUGACCUAACGCGGUACGUGUCACUAUUCCUGUUUGGAGAGGUUCACAAAGAACUCUGGAAGACUGAGCAGGGGACCGUUGUAGGGCUGCUCAACGCGAACCCCAUGAAGCCCAAGGAUGGUUCAGAGGAGGUGUGCUUAUCUAUUGAUCAUCCUCAAAAGAUCUUAAUUAUGGGGGAAGCUCUUGACCUGGGAACCUGUAAAGCAAAGAAGAAGAAUGGAGAACCGUGUACACAGACUGUGAAUUUGAAUGACUGUGAGUACUGUCAGUAUCACAUCCAGGCCCAGUACAAGAGGCUCAGCGCCAGGCGAGCAGACCUGCAGUCCACCUUCUCCGGCGGCCGGAUUCCAAAGAAGUUUGCCCGCAAAGGCAUCAGCCUGAAAGAAAGGCUGUGUCAGGAUGGUUUUUACUACGGAGGAGUUUCUUCGGCGUCAUAUGCAGCCUCAAUUGCAGCUGCUGUCGCACCUAAAAAGAAGAUUCAAACCACUCUGACUAAUCUGGUGGUUAAGGGCGCAGACUUGAUCCUUCAGGAAACUCAACAAAAACUCGGAAUACCCCAGAAGAGCUUGUCUUGCUCUGAGGAAUUCAGGGAACUGAUGGACUUGCCUACAUCUGGAGCCAGAAACUUGAAACAUCAUUUAGCCAAAGUCAAGUCAUCAGGGAUCAUGGGGAGCCCAAAACCUGCUUUCCAGUCUAUCUCGGCAUCAGCCCUCUUGAAGCAACAGAAGCAGCGUAUGUUAGAGGUGCGGAAAAAGAAAUCAGAAGAAAUACAGAAACGAUUUCUCCAAAGUGCGAGUGAAGUUGAGAGCCCAGCUGUGCCAUCCUCUUCUCGGCAGCCCCCUUCUUGGUCUCCACCAACGGGGGCUGAGUUCCCCAAGCUGAAAGGAGCCCCAGCCAUACAGAUGCCAAAGCUUGGAAGAGACAUCUCAGAAGGAGAUGAUAUCCUCUUUUUUGAUGAGUCACCACCACCAAGGCCAAAACUGAGUGCGUUAGCAGAAGCCAAAAAGUUGGCUGCUAUAACCAAAUUAAGGGCAAAAGGCCAGAUUCUUACAAAAACAGACCCAAACAGCAUUAAGAAGCUAAAGGAACCCCAGGAUGUCCUGGAAGUGAAGGAACGUGUAGAAAAGAAUAACACAUUUUCUCCUCAAGCUGAGGAUGAAUUGGAGCCUGCCAGGAAAAAAAGGAGAGAACAGCUUGCCUACCUGGAAUCUGAGGAUUUUCAGACAAUCCUAAAAGCAAAAUCGAGGCACACGGGGAUCCUAAAAGAGGCCGAGGCUGAGCUGCAGGAACACUAUUUUGAGCCCCUGGUGAAAAAAGAACAAAUAGAAGAAAAGAUGAGAAACACCCGGGAAGUGAAAUGUCGAGUCGUGACCUGCAGGACGUGCGCUUACACCCACUUCAAGCCUCUGGAGACCUGUGUCAGCAUGCAGCACAACUACCACUGGCACGACAGCGUGAAGAGGUUUUUCAAGUGUCCCUGUGGAAACAGAAGUGUCUCCCUCGACAGGCUCCCCACAAAGCACUGCAGUAAUUGUGGCCUCUUCAAGUGGGAACGGGACGGAAUGUUAAAGGAAAAGACAGGUCCAAAGAUAGGAGGAGAAACCCUGUUACCAAGAGGAGAAGAACAUGCCAAAUUCCUGAAUAGCCUUAAAUAGCCCCGACUUCAAACAGGUACCCACAGCCUACAUUGCUUCUUGUGGUUCUGGAAAAGCAAGAGUAUUGGCUCUGAAUUGCCCGUGUUCCCGAUGGACACAGUCAGAAUGAAUACUUGCUAAGCCUACAACUUUGCCCCCUUCCUCGGUUGUGUUGGUUUAACAUCAAAUUUAACAUUGACCUUUAAGUGGAAAUUCAAGGUAUCAUUGUCUUCCCUGUUCGCGGUACUGAUGGCAGAAUUCACACAGUUUUUAUGCCCCAAACUGGAAGGUAGAUAGAGAGUUGUGUUUCUCUCUCUUGGGUUGUAGAGAAUGCAGUGUCGCUUCUUGAUCACUAUAAGGUUCUGGUAUUUAUAUGGACACCCAGAGACAAAAGAAUGAAUUUAGCUCAGGUAACCUGCCUAACUUCUGGGCUUCAGUUUCCUCAUAUGUAAAAUGAGGAGGGUUGGACUAAAUGGUCUUGAAAUGUGUCUUUGAGCACUCAAAGUCUAAAAAUAAUAUAAUGUUUUGCCGUCUAGAAAUUGAUGACCGUUGCCCUUGAUAUAGUCUUGCUGUAUUGAUAUUAAAAGCCGGGUUCCUUCUGUUGAUUCUACUGUUACCUCUGUUUUGUUCUUGGAAAUCAAGUCACUGACCCACUUGGCAUUUCAUUUCAUAUCUAUAUGGUCUCUGUGCUGUUACAAUAUCGUGGAGCUCUGUAAUGGAAAUGCCUAAAAUCUCAUCAUUUUAAAAUGUGGCUUUAUUUAAAUAUGGCUUAAAGAAAGUGAAACCUCUAAGCAAAACAAACAUAAAAUUUGAGAAGCCAUGAAGCCCAAUUGGAAAACAGAAACAUCCCACAAGGAGAAUCCUCUGGAGUUUGGGAUUUGCAGAUAUGCUUUAUCAUACACGUUAAGAAUUAUAGGCCGGGGAUCGCUGCAUGAUGCAGGGUGAGGGGCAGCCUGGGACUCGUGGUUACACCCGAGUCUCGGCCCUUCCGCUCACUAGUUCUGUGACCUCAGCCGAGGUGCCCAUCCUCACUUUCCCCAUCUGCAAAACGAAGGCGAUGAUGUCUUGGUGGCGCGGACUCUUGUGAGAUGGCACGUAUGCGCGAGGGCUCAGUAGGUGCGGCUUUUGUUCGCUUCCCAGGUAAGAGCACAGAGACCCGAGAAAGCAGGCCCUGAAAGGAGAGUUUGGUUGCGGGUCAGGAGGCGGUGUCGCAGGUGAGGCUGGAGAAGGAGGUGGUGGCAGACCUUGAACUUCGCAGUGCCUCCAUGGCUGUGAUGCGGACAUGGGUCUUGGUCCUGUGUGUGCUGGGACCCACGAGAGGGUUUUCAGCAGCGGGUUCUGUAAUACCACUCAGCUGCUGCGUGGAGAAUGAGGCGGGGGCAGGGGUGCUAAAGGCAGAACGAUGCUGGCAGAUCACAGCACUUGAGGGAAAGGAACGGUGGCCUGAACGGAAGGGUGAUGAUGGAGGUGGAUGGUGGUGGAUGGCCUUAAAGGAACAGACAGACUGUGCUGGAGACAGAGUCCAGGGUAGCAUUCGGGUUAGGUAGCUAACUGCAUGGAUGUUGAGAGGAAACUCUGAAGAGGUGAGAGACAGACAGCCCCGACGUUCAGAUGCACCAGGCUUCCCACCCAAGGGAGAUCAAGGCGGUGACAGGAAGCAACUCUGGGGCAGCUUGGCCCACAGGGCAAGACCCGUACGUACUGUCUGAGGUUCCCCCAGAGGUUGCUAAGGGCACAUGGGAAUGUGGACUGUAGCCACCAUUUUGUACAAACAUUAGGUGCUCAAUAUGCUUCUGAAGAAAUAGCAAUUUCAUGAGGACCAAGGGCCAAAAGAAUGCGGUCAGCAUUCCAGAUAAGGCAGGAUGGGGUUUCACUGGGUCAGCUCCGUCUUGUUCUUCAGCCAACUCAGAGGCACCCAUAAUGUCUUGGGUCUUUGCCCUGAAGCAGCCCAGGCUCUGGAGUCACGGUCAGGAAUCGGGGUGUAUGACUCUGUUAGAGUGACCAGCAGAAGAAUAGACGGGGCGAUGAAUGUUACUCAUGGAGGACCCUUUCCAGGUCAUUCCUCAAACACAGCUCAGUGUUUAUGGGGGAAAUGACGAAAAUGACGAGGACUGGCUUUCAAAGAAAAAUAAAGGGAUGGAAGGCAGCAACGGGGGUUUCGGUGAACCAGAAGUGGCUGAGUUACUAAUUGUUAAAGCCAGGUCAUGGGUACGUGGAGACAUGGAGUCUCAUCUCUAUAUUGUCACUUAUGUUGUAAGAUGUCAUGAUGAAAAGGAAAAAUACAAGAUAAGCAGCUUGAGCUUGUUUUCUCCGUGACGCCUGCCUGGUGUCCCUGGGAGCAAUUGACGCUCCUUCCUCCAGGUUGUUGCUGUAUUUUGAAUGUUGCUCUGGCAGGGAACUUAUUGUAAUGGGUUUGUUUAUCCAUGUCACCUGCAAGCUUGUGUAUCUUAGGGUGGUUCAAUUUCCAGGUGCCAAAUACAGUGCUGCCCUCCUGGUGCUCAGUGAAUGUUGGGUGGGUGGAGGGAAUUUACACACUGUGAAUACAAGGACUUACCGUUUUCUUAAUUGUUCAAACAAACAAACAAGUACAAGUACAGGUCCAACCUCACGCAGGUUACCACCAGAAAAUUCCAUUUAGGAGAGUCCUCUGCCUUGGCGACCUGAUUUUCCAAAUACCAUUUGACCCAAGUGAAUGCCACUUAAAGACUGGGUCAAUCGGUAGGGUUAUUAUAUUGGGCUUUAAACUCUAGCUAGGAAUAAUGUAGGUUUCCCCCAAGAUGGUGUUAUAGUAGGGACAUGAGGUGCUUGUGAGAGAUGGUUGGUUUAGGUUUCCGAGAGCCAGAAAUAAAGUUCACACGCCUUAGAUGUCAUCAAAGUCUACUCUCUGUGCGUAGAAGGUGCUGUGUCUGGCGCUUGUGUUCCCCCUAAGGUCACAUCCUUACAGCUAUAUCUUUAGGAAUAUUUCACUUUCCAGGAGGUGUGUGUGUGGUUUUUUUCUUUAAUUUUUAACAGAGAAAAUGUUUAAGUUUCAGAAAGAACCAAAAGCACUUGAAAUUCUGAUAUUUUUGAUGGCUCAUUUUGAGUAGAUGUGUUUGUCCCAUAAACCUGACAGAGAGCUAUGGAUCUGCAGUAGGUCACAACUGAGCAGCUGCCUGGGCGCUGAACGCCAGGUUGCUCUUUGAGGAGCCCCUUCCUACCUAAGAAACUUGUUCUUGUUUGAACCAGCGGUGUUGUCAGAGUCCAGAUUCACUUGCAUAUUGUGUAUAAGUCAUGUAAUAACAUUCUUAUAAAGGUUAAUGGGUGAGCUGAACCUAGAUGCCCUCUGUUUUUAAAUUUGAUUUUUACAUUUUAAAUAAUUAAAAAUAUAAUUGAAUUACUUCUCAGUUACUCUAGGUGUUGGGGGGC